AUGUUUCAGAUGCUGCUCUUACUGCUGUUAGUGACAUCAUGUUCUGCCAUUCCUAACGAUCUUUCGAAUAAGAUGUUUACCUUCCCACAAGAAACCAACACAGCACACGUUAGGUUGACGACAUCAAGACAAAACUUAAGGGCGGUAACUGUCUGUUUCAGAUUCUUUACAGACCUCAAAAGAGAUCACGCCCUUUUUUCUUUGGCCCUACCCUCUUUUGAUAAUGCCUUUUUGUUUUACAAUUUGGCUAAAUUGGAUUCUUUUCAAAUAUGGGUAAACAACAUGGUCACAAACUUUGAAGGACUGGACUUCAAGCUGAACAAGUGGCACUCAAUUUGUGCAACAUGGGAUUCUACCUCUGGUUUGGUACAACUGUGGUUGGAUGGAGAGCCUUCAAACAGAAAAUUCACCAGCUCUGGAUCCAAUAUAAAUGGACCAAUUAUAGUUGCUUUAGGACAGGAGCAGGAUACACAUGGUGGUGGUUUUGAUGCCAAACAAUCAUUUGUUGGCAUGAUGUCAGAUGUCCAUAUGUGGGAUUACAAGCUUUCUUCCUGUGAGAUCCAUAGAUAUGUGGAUGAGUUCGGUUUUACAGAAGGAAAUGUGUUGAACUGGAAUGCACUGGAAUUCCAAAUUAUAGGAAGAGUGCUGACAGAGAAUAAACUGGAUGUUUGUCAGUAAAGCGCAUCUGUUGUAUAUUUUAUAUAAUGCAUAAUAAUUGGUAAACUAUUUGUUAGGAACAAAAAAUAUUUCUUAUACAAAGUACAAAAUUAGUUUAACUGUGUCAUUUUCAUUCUAAGAUCAAACAUUUUUUAUUCAUUACACUAAUUCAGACCUUUCUGACCAUUCUGUCAUGUUUGCAAUUUAAAUGUUGUACCAUUUUAUUUCACAAAAUUUUUUUUUUAUUAAAUUUG